UAUAAACUAAGCCAGUAAUACUAGAAAGAGCCUGUCAUGUCCGCUGCCACUGGCGAUAUCGAUAUAGUGCACAUUCAUUUAUGUGUGUGCCUAAGUGUACAAUUGCUAUGGCUUUAGAGAAACUUUAUGGAGACCAAUUCGAUUCCACUUGGCUCAAAACCUCCAUUGGAAGAGAGUAUUUCGCAAGUAUUGUCAGGAAAGGGAAAAGAAGAAUAUAUGGUUCCCUCGAAAGGCCAUCUUUGCCACCACAUUUGAUUCCGGAACUUGUCUCUUACAAAGUGUUUCUCAGUGGAAAGGCAGGAGUUGGAAAGACGAGUACAGUAGCCAAGCUUGUAGGAAUUCCAGUUCCUACAACACACAGUGAAACUCCAGGAAUUGUAACAUCUACAGUGUACUGGCCUGUCAAACUGCUUCACCCUGAUAAGGUGCUGCUCUUUUGUCUUCAGUUCUGGGAUGCAGGAGAUAAUGCAAUAAGAAAGUUUGAACACAUUCUGCCAGCGUGCAAGAGAGGAGCUGAUGCCAUUCUCAAUCUCUUCUCAUUCACUGAUAGACAAAGCUUUGAAGAUCUUCAGUCACAGAUGUCUCACUCAGCUCGAUCUGGGGAACAUGCCAUUCGCAUGGUUGUUGGAACAAAAUAUGAUCUGUACAGUAACAGUGAAAUAACGUCGAGAGAACUUCAAGAUUUUCAGGAGCAGUGGAAAGUUCCAAUUCUGAAAAUCAAAAAUAGUAGCAAACCAGCAGGCAAUGAGCUUCUUUACUCAGUGGACAACAUGCAAGAAGUGAAUGAGGUUGCAGCUGUCAUGAACAGCCUUUUGGAGUACAUUUGGACCCAGAAAAAGAUAUCCACUGGUGAGCUGAGACCUGAGGACAUUGUCACUAAGACUGAAGUUGAUGGAAGGGAUGAUAGGCAAUCAUCAGAGGAACUGGAAGCUUCAUAUGUUUAGUUUGAAGCUGAUUCUGCCUGAAUCUAUUCAUGACGACUUCACACAAGGAUUGUACUGAGCAAAAUUAAAAUUAAUUUGAAAUAGAUUAAUGCUGUGGUGAAAGAAUCAUGUUUGGAAAACAGACUGACUACCCUGAGCAGGGGCAUGAUUGACUUACAAGAUUUGAAUAACAUCUUGGAUUUUCUGCAGCAUUGCAUGGUUGGCUUCUCUAGUUGAAACAUUUUUUGUAAGAAUCUACACACAGAUUGAACUUGAAUGUAAACCAAGGCAUAAACAUACUUUUCUUAAUGAGUGAACAUUUUCAGGAAAAUUGAUAUUUACAUGUAGGAACAUCACAUCCUGUGCACAAACCCAAUGAGACUGGCCCAAAUUACUUCAGUACUUCUACGUGUGAAUUUGACUUUUGGGGAUACAAAAUUCAGCUUUUUAAUGGCUUAUAACGACUGCAAAGGUGAAUUUGUUGUGUCCUUAUGGUGAACCCUUACCCAUUUUUGCUCAAUAGAUUAUUCUUUCGUGCGGGUUAAAGUCAGGGCCACAGUAAGCUCUCUUUAUUUUUUAGUAAAUUAAAACACGGACAUGGAAAUAAAUAAAAGGGAGAUGUGUUUGUUCUAGAAA